AUGAUGGAAGAAGCCGAAGAGGAUGGCCUGAACCGGUUAGAAGGAUCAAAAGAUGUCGUGGGUGGACUAGAGAUCCGGAAGAAGUCAGAUGACAAGGAUUCCUGUUUUAAACAUCCUGGAAAAUCCCUGCUUGGUUUGGAUAUGCUGGCUAGAUCCCGAUCAAAGAAUGACGCGAAUAUACGGAAAAGACGAAUCGAAGAAGAUUCACCAGGUGGAUUAUCGGAAAGCACACGCAAACAUAUCGCUGAGUUCGUCUUUCUCGUUUCAGUAGUUUUUUCGAAUUAA